AUGCCGAGUCUAAAGGAAAAGUCAUCAAUGCUUAAUGGAGCUGGUGUUGUUAAGCAGCCGCUAGCUGUAAUUGGUGGCAAGGAGAAGGCUCUGGCACCGCGCGCCAAUUUGGUUGUGCUGAAUACCAACAAUAACCAUGGCAAUGUGCAGCGCAGCAACCCCGUGCCCACUGGCAAAAUGGGUUUUCGUGAAGUUGCCAAGGUAAAAGUAGAUGAAAAUGCUUGUUUUGGCGCCACCAAGAAGUCAAAUGUUGUUGUACCCGUGGUGGAGCAAUUCAAGUCGUUCUCCGUCUACGAGGACAACAGCCAUACACAGGUGCAGUUGCAAAUUGGGAGCACGGCCCUUUCCAUUUCAGCCGACAAAGAGAAUAUUCAGGUUGUCGAUCAAAAGCUCGAGCAAGUACGCAAGGAGUUUGCCAUAAAUCAUGGCUACGAUCUGGAUGGCACCCCCAUGUCCGUCACCGAUGUGCAAUCGCCCAUGUCUGUGGACCGUUCCAUGGCCGAGACUAGCAUCAUUAGCGCCGAGAUAUCUGACAACAGCCAGGCCGAGGGCAUGGCUGAUCUCAAAACCGAUGCUGACAUCUCGCUCUUGGAAAGUCCUGUCUUGCCGCGCAACGAUCGUCAGCGCUUCUUCGAGGUGGUCCAAUAUCAACACGAUAUAUUGGAGAAUUUCCGCGAGAGCGAACUCGAGAGCGUAAGAGAAACUGACACAACGGAUAAAAUGCGAAUGUGA